ACGUGUCCAAAUGCUGGAUGGAAGGACCCUGUAAAUGCCCAUGACCCAGCCUCCCCAGAAACAGAGAGAGAGAGAGAGAGAGAGAGAGACCCAAGCCUCCUGCCCUGAGACAGCGGGGCCAGCUCUGAAAAGCUCCGCAGCAUGUGGGAACUCCGGUCCAUAGCCUUCUCCAGGGCCGUGUUUGCAGAGUUCCUGGCCACACUCCUCUUCGUCUUCUUUGGCCUGGGCUCGGCCCUCAACUGGCCGCAGGCCCUGCCCUCCGUGCUGCAGAUCGCCAUGGCCUUCGGCUUGGCUAUCGGCACCCUGGUGCAGGCGCUGGGCCACGUGAGCGGGGCCCACAUCAACCCUGCGGUGACGGUGGCCUGUCUGGUGGGCUGCCACGUCUCCUUUCUCCGGGCGGCCUUCUACGUGGCUGCCCAGCUGCUGGGGGCCGUGGCAGGAGCCGCUCUGCUGCACGAGAUCACACCAGAAGCCAUCCGAGGGGACCUGGCCAUCAAUGCGCUCAGCAACAACACGACAGGCGGCCAGGCGGUCACGGUGGAGCUCUUCCUGACCCUGCAGCUGGUGCUCUGCAUCUUUGCCUCUACGGAUGAGCGUCGCGGAGACAACCUGGGCACCCCUGCCCUGUCCAUCGGCUUCUCCGUGGCCCUGGGCCACCUCCUUGGGAUCCACUACACCGGCUGCUCCAUGAAUCCUGCCCGCUCCCUGGCUCCCGCUGUUGUCACCGGCAAAUUUGAUGACCACUGGGUCUUCUGGAUCGGACCCCUGGUGGGCGCCAUCCUCGGCUCCCUCCUCUACAACUACGUCCUGUUCCCGUCCUCCAAGAGCCUGUCGGAGCGCCUGGCCGUGCUGAAGGGGCUGGAGCCCGACACCGACUGGGAGGAGCGCGAGGUGCGGCGGCGGCAGUCGGUGGAGCUGCACUCGCCGCAGAGCCUCCCGCGCGGCAGCAAGGCCUAGGCGCCCCGCCCGCCGACGCCCGGCCCCUGCCAGCCCACCGCCCCGCCCCGGGUCCAACGUUGGCCCCCGGGGCAGAGUAGCUGCCUCCAGGGCCUGCACGACUCCCAGGGGUGCGGGGGGGGGGGGGGCGGUGAGCCUGGCCCACCCUGUCUGGAGGCUGCAGGCUGGAGAGCAGUGGACUCUCUCUGGCCCUUUGCAGGGAGCUGGGGACGAGCUGGGAAAGGAGGGCGGGUGAGCGGGCAGAGGAAGAUUCUGGAAAGUCUGCCUCCAGUAG